CCAAAAAAUUUCGCAAAGUUUCCGCCACUGUAAUCAAUCCUCUUUCUACCUCUCCACAGAGUACCUAAAGGAUCUUGGUUCAGGGCAGUAUGGUUUAGUUUUCCAAGGCAAAGUGAACGAAGAAAUCGAGGGUGAGAUAUCGGGUAUUGUUGCUGUUAAAACCCUGAGAGAAGGUUCUUCACAAGACGCCAUUAAAGAAUUCUGUCAAGAAGUCAACAUUAUGUCCACAUUUAGUCAUCCUAAUGUUGUCAAAUUGGUAAGGCUAUGUUAGGGUUAAUUUGGACAUCAAUAACGACAAAUAGACCUUUCCCCUUAUAACCAAAAUUUUGUUCUAGGCAAGUCUAGACAAAUAUUUCAUCACAGCUUGAAAGAGCAUCACAAAAUUAAUAAUAUUCCAAAGUUUCGUUGCGAAAUGUUGUAAAAUGAGGAAAAUAGAGCCUUGCAAAAUUUGCAAUUUUCAGUCAUUUUGCAUUACAAACGGGAAAUUGCAGCCCCAACACCCGAAUCGUAUGUCAAUUUCCCGUUUGUAAUGCAAAAUGACUGAAAAACGGCAAACUUCGCAAGGCUAUAUUAUCCGCAUCUUACAAGAUUUUGCAACAAAACUUUGGAAUAUUACUAAUUUUGUGAUGCUCUUUCAAGCUGUGGUGAAAUUUUUGUCUAGAUCGAAAUUUUAGUUAUAAGGGAAAAGGUCCAUUGGAUACAGCAAUUUUCCGGAAUUUAUUAGCUCUCGUGUACACGUACACACAUGAAAACGCUCAAGUUGUUAGAGAUCUGCAAACAAGUUGUAACAACAUUGCUGUCCAGCUGAUAUCAGGAUGUGUUCGCACUGCUUGUUCCCAGUUAUUGUGACAAGUCUGGAACAAGUUGUUAUCUCCUUGUUACAAGGUUGAUGCCAAAUAAGAGACUUGCCACAAGUUGUUUCAACAGGACUAAUACAGGCUGUUCGUGACAAGUUGCUUGUUGUCAUCAACAGUGGCGGUGCCAGGCUUCCAAAUUUGGGGGGGCAUUUGAGGGGCAAACUCAAAUUUUGGGGGGGGGCAAGAUAGAAUUUUUAAAAAGGUCGCCCCCCCCAAGGAAAUUCGCCCCCCCCCCUCAAAACGUGGCGAUAUUCCUAGGAAUAUCGCCCCCGGGGGCGAAUAUCCUAGGAAUAUCGCCCCCCAGGGGGGUGGGGCGAAUACCCUAGGAAUAUCGCCCCUCUUUAGGACAUUCGCCCCCCAUAUAUGCGAUGUGGUUUAUUCAAAUAAUUUCGUGAUACUUUCAUCUUAUUAUUGCCUUACACGUUUGAGAAUUUAACUCUGCAAAACUAAAGCUUUUUUGUCUUUUUUUGAAACGUAUUAUUGGAGUAUUGGCAAGUUUUACCAUUCAGAGAUUUACAAACUAAUAUUGAAACUGUAAAAAACAGUUUCAUGUAUACGCGCAUUCACUAAUGAGUAAUGACAACUUAUAAGCCAACAUUUUCCGAUAACGACAGAACGCUUGUGUAGCCUUUAGUCGCUCUUAGUGACUAAUAAUUUUUUUUGAGGGGGGGGGCAAAAAAUAAUUGCCCCCCCCCCUGGCGUCGCCACUGGUCAUCAACUUGUUAACAACAUUUCAUGUGCAGACGAUAUCAGAGUUCUUGGGACAACUUGCUGCGAGUCUGUUGGCCUCGUCAACCUUGUUACAAGAUGAUAACAACUUGUUCCAGACUUGUCAACAACUGGGAACAAGCAGUGCGAACAUAUCUUGCUGACAAGCUGUGAGAAUUUUACGCGCGUAGAUAAUUCCUAGAAAUCUUCCCCGGUCUAGAUUGGCGUAGCUUUGGCCGGUGAACCAUACUGUAUGAUAUUCGAGUUCGUAGAAUUUGGUGAUCUGGCAAGUUUUCUGAGAAGUUGUGAUGACUCCGCGGAAGAUGCUAACUCGGCUUAUCCUAAGUUGACGGUUACAGAUCAACUGGCAAUGGCGGUGCAAGUUGCGUCGGGAAUGAAGUACAUAUCCUCGAUACGGUGCGUGCAUCGAGAUUUGGCCGCGCGAAACUGUCUCGUUGGCAGAGGACUGGUGGUGAAAAUCUCCGACUUUGGUUUAUCACGUGACGUGUACGUUUCAGAAUACUACAGGGUAAGUUGCCAUGAUGAAACAUUGCGCAGAAUUACAUUAAGGUGGUGUUCGUACAACUUCUUAAUUUUAUACUGAAAAAAUUCAGGACUUUCAAGAACUCCAGGGUUUUUCGUGAUACGACAAAAGUAAUUCCGACAAUAAGUCGACAAGUUCUACGGGUAUUAAAUUAAUGUUAAAGGAUUUUGUUGAUAGAAAUUAAAUUUUGAUAGAAGUGUAAAUUUUAUACAUUUAUUAUACCUAACCAGGAGCAACUGCGAAAACUGCAACUAUGUAGGCCCUUUGGCAUGAAUCGAACUUGCAGCACUGGGAUUCCAGUGCAACGAUCAACUGAGCUACACUAUACACUAUGGGGUUAGAGCACGACAACUGAACUGGCUCAGUUGGUCAUAACUCGGGUCUGCCUCUGAGUGACCAUGAUUUUGACAUAGCAGGCAUUAUUGUCUGGGAUUUUUUUACCUAUAUAACUACUGGGGCAUUUACCCAAGUAGGCCCUUUGCUUGCCCCAGUAGUGAAGCAAUAGUUUCAGAUGAGCUUGGCCCUUUCGAUCAUUAGUAAAAAGUCAUCCAUGUUGAAAAAGCUGCAUCUGCCUGCUUUCUCGUGUCCUCUCACAUUCUCGACAUUCCAUCUUAUAAAAGUCAGCACAGCAUGGUCUUUAUGAACGCGUAAUUGUGUGGGAGAAAGGCCCUCUUUGAGACUUAGCCCCAGUAGUUGUAAUUUUUUAAAAACUGCCCUGAUAAUUUAAUUUAAUUUAAUGUCAUGUUCCAGUAGAUAUAAAUUUAGAGACAGAGGUAACAAUCUUCAACUGGAGCUUAGUCAAUGCCGGCGCAGCCAUUAACUCCAGGCUUCAGAUGGCUUCACAUGAUUUUUGGAGUUGUUAAGUCACUCAUGAAACCACAUACAGCACCUGGUAAAUGUGCUUCUCUAAUCAAACGCCGUGAUAAAACCGUCGCUAUAAGGAUAUCAAAAAUCGGCAUACUUUGUAGCCACAGCUUAGAUAACUAGCUCCACUGGCCUUCGCAUGAUAUUUAGUUGUCUGUAUCUCCUGAAUUCUUAAUCCAACUAAGUUUUGAAGUUUGAGUUAGCUCUUAUCUUUGGAGGUAGCAUCACUCCAUGGCUCCUAGACUUCUGCAGCCACGCCCUCUAGUGAUAGGUGCGCCCCAAAUAAGUGAACUUAUUAAAUCGUUGCCUACUCCAUGUAAUGCUACAUGUAGUUGAUUUCCUUGUUUAGAUGGACAAGACAAGAAUGCUUCCUGUCCGUUGGCUUCCUCCAGAGGCGUUUGUUGACGGCAAAUUCACGACGUAUUCCGAUGUCUACUCGUAUGGUGUAGUGCUCUGGGAGAUAUUCACAUUUGCGAAGUUACCAUACGAAGAUUAUGAUAAUAAUAAAACUAUGGAAUUGAUUCUAGAGGUGAGGAAAGAAUUCCUAGGUCUUCCUGGCCUUGCUAUUUAACAUCAAAUCCAAAUUUAAACUCAUUAUAUUGGCGACUUCAAUAUAAUCCCGUAAACUUAAUGCUCUGACAAUGUCAGACCAAUCCAAUUUUUGGUCGGAUACAGUGAUGAGAAUCUGUACAGUAUAUUGCAUCGUAAUUAUUUCACUUAUAUUUUCACGAGAAUGAGGGAGAAAAUAUUCAAAUAUCGUGGCAAAACGCUCGGUCAUAAUUGGCCCGUGCCGAGCAAUCAGUAGACGCGCGGCCAUAUCGCGUUUUUUUCCUCGGAAAAUGUCCAAUAGCUGACUCCUAUAUUGACACUGCUAUAUGCAUUAGGUUGGACAUGGACUCGUCAUUAACACAAUGUAAUUCAUCAUAUUGUCAUUGAACGGUUGCCUUCAAUGUUUGCUCCCGUGAUAAAUGUCUGGAUAGAAAGAAAGUCAACAAUAAGCCUAAAGAGGGCAAGUUAUCAUCGUGCUUGCCUAAAGAACAAGAAGAAAUGCGACCUGGACGGCUGGACGUGCUCUAUAACGCACGGAAGAAAGGCGAUGUGUUCAAACCGUCCAUCGCAGCCGUGCUCCUUGGUCAGAGAUACGGUGGCAGGCGGACGCGCCCUUAUAGUAAGCCUUCGACUCGAUCAGGUGGGGCUCCACCCUUUGUAACUCAGCUCAGCUCCAAAUUAUUAUUAUUGAAACGUUUCACAAUAAGUAGCUAAAAGCUAAAUUGCAAUGUGAAUUAACAAUUAUAUACUAUAAAGUAUAAGAAUACAAAAAGUUUAUAUCAGUACAGGUUAAUUUAUAAUUCAACUAUAGCGAACUACUAUAUUAACAAUUGAAUCAAAUACAGUGGUAUAAAUUAAUCUACACCAAAGAACUGUGUCCAUUAAAAGGGCAUAAAAGUACAAGAUCAGUCCAUUGACAAAUGAUAUUUUUCUAUGGCAAAAACAAUUGGGCUAUUUUUAAACCUUUCCGUCCUACAUUUGAAAUUAUAUAUCUUAUCACCAUUGAAAUUAAAUUAAAAUUAUAUAUCUUAUCUCUUCCCCUUAUUCGGUUGACCGUAAAAGGUAUAACAGGUCAUGUAAUUUAUGCAUAGGAUCUAUCAUUUCCUUAACCAGAUUUGUACAUAUAAUUUCUCUACGAUUCUCCAAGGUUUUAAUACCACACCGAAAUAAUGCUUCAUCGUAAGUCAGUUCGGGAUAAAUUAUUCUAAGCUGGACACUCAAUAUCCUCUCAAUAUCUUGACAUUGUUCACCAGUAGACUGUCAUGCCAAACUUGUGCUCAAUAUUCAAGCGCUGAUUUAACUACAGAUGUAUAAAACGCCUGGCCUUUAAUAGACAAUUCCCAUUAUAGACUAAUUUUAAAACUAGGCAAGGCCGGAGAUGCUAAUAAAUCACCACAGCUAGAAAGAGCAUACUAAAAUUAGUAAAAUUACAAAGUUUGGUUGCAAAAUGUUGUAAAAUGAGGAAAAUAUAGCCUUGCAAAGUUCGCAAAUUUUGUAUACUUUUGUAUUGCGUGCGGAAAUUCCUACCACAUUCCUACCACAUUCCUACCACAUUUGGGCCGAAAAUGGUAGGAAUUUUCGCACGCAAUACAAAAGUAUACAAAAUUUGCAAACUUUGCAAGGCUAUGUUUUCCGCAUUUACAACAUUUCGCAACCAAACUUUGCAAAUUCACUCAUUUUUAUAUGCUCUUUCUAGCUGUGGUGAUUUAUUUGCAUCUCCUUGUCUAGUUUUAAAAUUAGUCUAUAAUGGGAAUUGUCUAUUAAGUCCUAUUCCGGUGCCCCAUAGGCCCAUAGCUUUUAAUAAGGAUGCCUAGCACAUCCACCCGCACUAAAUUCAAACAAGCCAUAAACUAUGCAUAUUUUUUAUUUUCGCAGGGUCAUCUUCUCACCAAGCCAGAUGGAUGUCCCGAUCCUCUGUAUGACAUCAUGUUGAAAUGUUGGUGUUCCAAUCCUGAGAACCGCCUUCUUUUCCCGGAAAUUAUUAACGAACUGUGUUCAUUGGAUGACUUUGGACAGCGCUUUGAAGCACACGAGGACCAAAUUCAUGAAAAUUUCAAAGGUAGGGAAACGUCAUUACUAGAAUCAGCUACGGUAGCGAGGCACUACUACUUUGUGGUAUUAUUGCUUGACAAUUUCACAAUCAUGGUGCUAUUCAAUUUCAAUCGCGGAGUUCAUUCUAUUAAUGAAUUAUUUUAUUAUUUUCAGCUCGUUCUCACUCUAAUGCGUCCAAAUUGGACGAUCACCCAUCGCUCAGUUACGACAAUAAAACUUGUAAUGCUAAUGAUGAACAGCCAAUCAACGUCGAGAGAUUACCACCUCAACCAAUCAAAAAGAAGCCCGGGGAUCACUAUGCUAUACCUCCUUCUAAUAAACGCGGCUACGAUGGUGUGCUGACAUUAUCAAAGGACAGCAAUGACGAUCCUGCAAACGGGCGGAAUGAGGUCGAGGUUCCCAGGGCAGUCCACCCGUUUACACCACCUCCAGAUGGUCCACAUUCGUAUGGUGAUGAUGGAUCAGCACCGAUAUAUGGGAAUGUUGAUGUAUAUGAAAAUAACGACGCCAAUGGUCCUCAAGAAACCUACGAUGUCCCCCCAAAACACGAAGAUGACGAAGAAACAUAUUCUGUACCACCAGUACCACGCCAUGGAUAUGACGAUACACAAUCCCAGGAAACAUAUGAUGUACCCCCUCUGUCCAAUGGUAUUCCUGAUGGGCCCGAAGAGACAUAUGAUGUGCCUCCACGACACGAAGAUGAAUCCCAAGACACCUAUGAUGUUCCUCCUAAAUCCCAAGAAUACCCUGAUGAACCCCAAGAGACAUACGAUGUCCCUCCUGGCUCAAUGAAACAACCACUCAUAGUGGACAAUGGGACACAUAGGUAUAAUGAUGAACAACAGGAUACGUAUGAUGUUCCUCCGAAACAACAAGAUGAUGAUGAUGAUAUAUACCAGAAUUCCUUGCCGGUUAAAAAGACUGGACAUUACUCUGUGCCUAAGUCCCCGUUCCUAAAACGGCGCAAUGAGAACAAUAGUAGCGAGAAUUUAUCUCCUCCAUCAAGAAACUCAAGACAUUCAUACGAAAAUGUAGAUUUUGAUGGGAAUCAGCUGCUUACGUCAUAGGUAUGCAAAGUAUUGCAGGCUCGUGUAAACUGGAAGUUCCAGUCUAUACGAGAGCUCAUAGGCCAGUAACUUUUUUCUCAACUGGAGUUAGAACUCAUAAGUACUGUUUGAUAGAUCGCUUCUCAAAAUAUUUAUGGUUCAAGACGCAGGGUUUAAAAGUUGAAAUUAUUCAUAAAGAAAUCAAAUGAGGCCUUGUAUUUAAAUAUUAACAGAUAAUCACAACUCAUAUAUGUAUUGGUAUCAUAGGUAAAAUUAAUUACCAGUAUCUGGGAGUUGAAUCGAUUGUCAUAGAAACCGUACGAAAUCGCCAACCCCUCGUCAACUCUCCCAUCUUAGCCAUUUAUCGUCUUUGAUAGAACAAGGUUCUAAAUUUAAACAGUGUACUGUACUAAAACUGAAUCAUUAUGUAUUUUUUACAAGAGGGUCUGGAUGGAAGUACUUGAAUGACAUUAAGAUUGAAGUAUUACAUUUUUUGCUCUUUAACACAUUUGAAGCAUGAUAAACACUGAAAUGGCAAACUUGGCAGCUUUACAGCAAAAUAAAUAUUUAGGCCUUUAACACUUUGGAUAAAGCGAAAUAACACUCAGGUCCGGCCAGGGGGUUGGGGUAUACGGGAUCAGGACAGUUAAUUAUUGGAUAUUUGGUAUCUUAUCGAGGCUUUAAUUUUGGUUAUUUGGUAUCUGUGACGAAAAAUAUAUCUCCUAGACCUAGGCUGGAACACUAAACCCCAGUGCAUAGAUCCUAUUGCAAGGUAUACUUACAAAUUUUGUAGCUAAUCCAUCACAAAACCACAGUAGUGAAUAUCCACUAGAUGUAUAUAUAUGGUCGCUGCACUGAAAGAAUUAGAAAUAACCAAACAUUAGAAAUCGAGUUCUUAAUAUGACAUGUAAGCCUCAUCGCAAGCUGAAUAGUUAGAAUAGCUUCCGUUGCAUAGUUAGAUGCGGCGAGCGAGUUAGCUGAUAAAAAAAUUAGGGGGGGGGAUUCCCAACGUAACAUAUUUCUUGCUUUUUCGACUAUUGUAAUUCGCGUCGAGUGCUUCCAUUUCCGGCCCGAUUUUGAAGGAGAAUAAGUGAUUGAGUCAGAUCUCAGAGAGACUCGAUAUACUGAUUCAUGUCGUUAAAUUUAUUAAAUUAUUUUCCCAUGGCAAAUUUUGACGAGACAUAUAGCGUUUCAACCCGAUUUGGGCGGCGAUAUACGACACGUCGGUAUACCAGUAUUUCUGGAAUUAUCGAUCGGUAUCGCCUGCAUACCGGUAUUUGAGAAAAUACCAGUAUAUCCGCUAUAUGUGUUAUAUCUCUCAUUUGCGCGCAGCGGCAACUUGUACCUUUUUGUUCCCGCUAUAAUCACUUGAGCGCUAAUUGUUUUAUUCCGCAUUCUCAGCGUUUUGAUGCACUUACCGGGAGAAAAGGAAAAUAAGGGUCAUCCAUAAUAUAUUAUCAACAUUUUCAUACGCUUACAAACCGUACGCUGGGAGGGGGUUAAUGACUAAUGUACGCUUUUUUUAAAACAUCGAUGAUAGACCACGUACUACAGGUAAUCGUUUCCGAAGUACAACAUUUUUACUGUAGGUGCGAUUUUCUUCUUCUGAUGGAUCAUGGAUGUGAACGAUUGGAUGAGUUAUGAAUACUCAGAUGAGGGUGGAUAUACUCAGAACAUUCGUAAGUCAUCCACACGUUCACAUACAUCAGGAUGCAUCAAAGACGAGAAAUGGCUAAGAUGCGCUUAGGACAGCAAUGUUUUAUGCGCUAUGUAAGGGGCCGAUUACAUGGAGCAUUUUCAACCCUGGGGUUGAACUCAGCCCUGUUUACCGGGUUGAAAUUUCAGCCCUGUCUGUAAUACAAAACUCUAUCAAAAUCAAAUGCGCGAUUAUACAUGACAAAAUUUUCAACCCAGGGCUGAGUUCAACCCCGGGGUUGAAAUUUCAACCCUGCUUCAGCUAGCAGGGUUGAAAUCCCAACCCCGGGGUUGAACUCAGCCCUGGGUUGAAAAUUUUGUCAUGUAAUCGUUUCAACCCAGGGCUGAAAUUAUCAUGAGUUAUUCGAGCAUACGUGGUAAUGACUAUUUAUUACAAGAAAACAAAAUAAAGGCUUUUUUACUUCCGGGAAUCGAUGCCGAGAACGUAUAGUAUAGCGUUUCAACCCCGGGGUUGAAAUCGUCCAUGUAAUCGCAAAAAAUUUCAACCCGGUUAACAGGGCUGAGUUCAACCCCGGGGUUGAAAGUUCUCCAUGUAAUCGGCCCCCUCCGGCGCUCUUGGAGAGAGGUAAAAAAAAGGUGCACCUUGUACGCUUGUGAAAAUGUUCAUAAUUAUGAACAUGCUAAACAUGGAGUAUCUUUGAUAUUGUAUGUGGGGUUGACUGUGCAUUGCGCGCCACGCACGCCCUUUUGAAUCCGCCACCUGUUUUAGUACAGUAUAUGCUGACGACAAUCACAUACAUAUACUCAAGGGAAGGUUUAAUAGACGGCUAUUCCAGCUAUCGACUAAUUUUUUAUCUAGACAGGAAAGAGGAAAUAUAUCAUUAUAGCUCAAAAGAGCAUCCUAAAAUUAGUAAAAUUGCAAAGUUUGGUUGCGAAAUGUCGUAAAAUACGGAAAAUUAGCCGGUGAAAUUAGCAAAUUUUGAGUAUUUUAGCAUUACGCGCGGUAAAAAUAACCACUUUCGGCUCAAAAAUAUUAUAAUUAAGCAUGUGAGUUAUCUAUAAAUUGUGAAUGUCUAUUCUGAAUAAAAUAGUCGCAUUUUCUUUUGCCCUCUAAUAAAAGGACUCGACUAAUGCGCAAGAUUUUAGGCAGGAAACGGAAUUGAGUCGGUGGGCAUAUUCAUAUCUUCCCGCUGUUUACCAUAAUAAUUAUCUUCACUGAACUCGGAAUUAUUGUUGGACAACUUGGACAAGUGUCCAAUCACAGCAGAAAUUGCAGGGACCGCGGAGCCUGCCUGUUUUUAAGUGGGAAGGGGGGGGGGAGCAGGAGAGCACCGGGAGCUAUUCCACGCAGGCAGGCUGGAUUCUAUCCGGUAUUUUUUUAUUACCAAUCGAAAAAGUGUGGGGGGGGGGAAUGCAACCCCCGCCCCCCUGUUCCGCGGUCCCUGUCUUGUGUAAAUAAUCAUAUCAAUAGUACAUGAUCUUAUAAGUAGUUUGGAGAGAUUUGCUGUUUUCUUCCUUUGGAAGAGGUUUCGGCGAAUGUUUCCUUUAAUUAAUUAAUACUUAUAAUACUUUUUGUUUGUGGGAACACCAUGUAAAUUUAUUACCGUGCAAAGCAUUCGAUAUCCGUACAAGCCCGGUUCUUCAUCAGCGCUAAUAAUAUGCUUGACACCGAUAAAGAUCGGGCUCACCCAUACUGAUAUGGGCUUACCGCGGAUUGUUGAAAGCUUUGCAAUAAAUCAUUACGUAGUGUUUCCACACACAAAAACUAUUAUAUGUUUUAUCGCCUUGCGAGCCUACAAAGAACUUAAUUAAUAUUUAUCAGACCUCUGAAGGCCGGGAGAUUACGGUGCAGGCAGCUCUCUAGUUUUAACUUUUUAAAUAUGUUAUCUAUCUCAAAUGCACGGCCCUUUGAAAAUCAUUUUUGUAAUAAUAAUAAUAAUAAUAUAAUACUUGAAUAUGUUAUGUACUUUUGAACGGUGUAAAUAAACGAACAAGUUUGUGUUAAAUAUUAAUAGUUUACAAGCAAUAAAAACUUGCCCAGUC